AUAAAAAUUAUUUUCCUUCCAGGUAGCCAUACUCUCCAGAGGGUAGGAGGCUGUGAACUGAACAUUGAAACUAAAGCAUUUAAGGGCUUUUUGAAGUACGGUUAUGAUGGAGAAGACUUUCUUGAAUUUGACUUAAAUGGACUGAAAUGGAUUGCUCUGAGAAAAGAGGCUGUUUUUCUCAAACUGCUUUGGGAUACGGAUACACAAGAUCUCGAAUUUCACCAUUAUCUGCUCACAGAUCUAUGCUAUGGGGCUUUUAAUGCCUCGUUGGUCUCUGGACAAAGCUCUUUGUUUAAAACAGAUCACCCCUCAGUGUCUCUCCUUCAGAAGACUCCCUCCUCUCCARUCAGGUGYCACGCUACAGGUUUCUACCCAAAGAGUUUCCUGAUGUUCUGGAGGAAGGAUGGAGAGGAGAUUCAUGAGGGUGUGGACCCUGGAGAAGUCCUCAACAAUGAGGAUAAUACAUUCCAGUAUCGURUUGAUCUGGAUAUUUCAUCAAUCCCAUCUAYGGACUGGGSGAGGUACGACUGUGUGUUUCAGUUUACUGGAGCUGAGGACAAAAUCCUGGUCARGUUGGAUAAAGAAGUAAUCAAGACCAACUGGGAUGAAUCAUCUCAGAUAAGAAUCACUGUCAUUGCUGUGGUUUCUGCUGUGAUGUCCAUCAUCAUCAUCGCUUUAGCAUUUACUGCCUACAAGAAGAGAAAUGUUUCAGAAAGACCGUCUACUCCUGAUUCUGAAAAUAUGUCUCUCUGAGAAACUGACUUGAGAAUCRAGAUGGAGAAAUGAAGCAUCCUGCUCUGACUCUGGUCUCCUGAUGGGAUUGUGGCCAUUUWAGCCUUUCUGAUGAAACAAUAAGUUAGAUUUAUUCAAAGUAGCAUAGGUCAUUUAAUUUGUACACAUAAAUGAUCUUUUUGUUCUUUGG